AGCAACAGCAGCAGCAGCAGCAGCAGCAGCAGCAGCAGCAGCAGCAGCAGGAAGAGCAGUGUCCUUACAACCAGUGCGGGAGGCGGCAGGUAUGUGUGCGUGUGGCAGGACCUACGCCAGAUAUGUCGGUCCUCAUGCUGUGGUUGGUGCUAUAUUGCUCUACAUGGCCUUAGUGUGUGCUAAUAACCCGGCAUCGGUCGUGAGAGAGACAGAUUUCAGCAACCUAAUGAAGCCAGACUCUGGAACCUUCAAACAACUUUAUUAAAAACGACAUUUCAGUGUUUCUGAUGACUGAAAUUUCGACUCGAUAUCCACAUAUUCAGAAAGUGAUCACGUAGUGUAUUGCACCUGGUGGACCGUUCAGGGUGAGACGCUCACGCCCGCUCAUCCACCCACCCACCCACGCCCUCCCACUAACGCCCACAUCGUCAGCGUCGUGGGCGUGUGGGCUAGGGUAGGGCUGAUGAGCUGGACUGACGAACUGAACUCCUCCCAAGACUACAUGGGCGGCUCCGAUCUCAUCAUGGGUCACGACGCCCAUGAGAAUGUGGGCGUCGACGGGUGGCGAAAUAAUCCUCUGUGGCCCACACUGCCCGACUACCCUGACUCUCUGUGGUCCACACCGCCCGCCUACCCUGACCUGAUCCUCAACCUGACUGACGACAACUUUGAUACGGUGGUGGUCCGGCCGGAGGUGUUGGGUCCUGGCUACCACAAGCAGCUGCGUCAGGGGAUCCUGGGGGUAAUGUUCCUGGUGGCGCUGCUGGGUAACACCAAGGUUAUGUUUACCCUCCGUCAGAAGUGGCCUAAGAGAGGUCGGAUGACCAUCCUCAGCUUCAAUCUCACCCUGGCUGACCUGCUAGUCGCCUUCGUGACUAUCCUGGGUCAGCUGAUGUGGGAAGUGUUGGACAAGCAUUGGUACCUAUCCAACGUAGCCUGCAAACUUUACAAGGUUGUCUCCACGUUUGCCAUCACCUCCAGCAACUAUAUGUUGGUGGCCAUCGCUAUCGACAGACACGAAGCUGUGGUGAGGCCUCUCAACCCGUUCAUCAGUGCCAAGAACUUAGUGCUGGCCGCCUGGGCAGUGAGCCUUCUGCCCUCCCUGCCCAACCUCUUCGUUUUUCUAAGGCACGAGACUCCAGAGGGAGGAGUCUACUGCGUCUCCAAGUUCUACACUAAUGAACUCGACAAUAAUUUUAGAAAGGUGUAUCUGAUGGUGAUUCUGGUUCUCGUCUUCAUCUCGUGUCAGCUGCUCUUGCUGAUUCUCUAUCUGAGAAUUUAUUACACUCUCUGGAGACAGUCAACUUAUUUCAGAAGCGAGCAGCGAGGGAAUAUUGACAGCCAUCGCUCAAACAGUCUCCUUCCUCAAGCCAAGACGAAAACUCUCAAUAUGACUAUAGUUAUUGUAGUCACCUUCUUCAUUACCAACACCCCGUAUGUCAUACAGGAGCUGAUGAUGUCCUUCGGGGACAUUCAUCAUAUCAACCCCAAUGUAAUAGCUGUCUUUGGCAUCAUCUCAGCUUCCAACUCCUGUUUCAAUCCCUUCAUCUACCUCUUCUUCUGCCCGAAAGGGGAAGGAAGAUCACUGGAGAGCUACCGGGUGACCUUCACCCGUCGCUGGAACACUCUCAACAGCAGGACUCCUCCGAGGCCGGCCACUGCCCAAGCCUACCCCACCUCCAGGAACUCCAGCAGGGAGGGCAGAUGAGCUCUUUCCGAAGAGUCAAGGCUACGCUGAUUUUAUUUCUGUGCAAAGACAGAAGAGACUAUCCAUCGUCCUCUAGACAGUCACCUGUCUGUAAUGGCCGCAACGGUAGUUAAACUAAAAGGAGAAAACCAAGGAGAUGGGGGAAUGAUAAUCUGAUAUAAUCACCAAGACUCCAAGGAGUCUUGGUGAUUAUAACAGGUCUUCAAAAAACAAAAAAUCAAUACCGUGCGAUCUCUGUAAUGUCUGGUGAGCCCAUAAGUAUCAUCGUGAGUGUGGAUAACAAUGAUUGUUAGCAAGUAGCCAGCUGCUUGGUGAGCGAACACGUGAUUGUUGAAUAUAUCAGUACUUGGUGAACUGACGAACACUUAGUACUAAUGAAACCUAUUAACUAAACUAAUUAACAUAGUGCUUUGAACUAUUGAAACCCGGUGAACAGAUGAAUAACGUGGGACUACUUAAAUACCAGCUAAUUGUACUAGCUAGUGGCAACAUGAACGCCGGAGAAAAGUUUAAACACUUGUGAAGAUGAACGUUAUACAUGUGUAUGUAACCCACUGAGCACAUCAACAUUAGUUGUAAAAGUCAGUUAUAUAUGCAAAUCAACACAAGUUUCUUAAAACAGCUGUACGAAUCACAUCCUUACCUUGUGCACUUGUGAAGGCAGCAACAUCCUCACACCUGGUGAGUUGGCAAAAGCCAAGGCUUUCUUUAAGCAUUUGUUUUCACAACAAAAGAUUAACUGAUAAACAAUAAAAAGAAAAAACACAGUGCCAUUGCUGGAACAAUUCGCAAUCCAUAAAUAAGAUAUGAAGCUGACGUUUCGGUCCAUUGCGACUUGAUUAGGGUUCAGAAUGGGCAGAAACGUCCUUUUGUUUCAUCUUCUAUUUAUGGGUUAGCUGUCGAGUCAAACACCUAAUAUACCCCGAAAGAUGUAUAUCUCUCACUGAAUAUAUACCAAAAGAUUACCUUAAUCCCUAUGUUAGAUAUUAAAGUGUUCUUCACUGGUUGUCUACAGUACAGGUGAGCUGCAGCCUUAAUGACCCCUCGUGUAGUAGACUUUAAACCCCAUUCACCAACCAACCUGCUGUAUGUAACUGAACAGCUGAUAACUAUCAGGAAGUACAGUACAUGGUAUCAAAGGGAGCCACAACCCAAAACAAACUUCUCGCACACACUGCCCCUUGUGUACAUCAGUGUUCAACUUCGCCUCGCCAGCGAAUGUUUUGUUGCUGAAACGGGAUGCGAGACCACAGUGUUAACUACUAGCACUGAUCAGUUGCUCUCGGUACAAAGUAUAGUUUGUCACUCGACAAGGUUUAGUGAGAUGACCAAGUACAGAUUUAGAUUUUUUUUUCUUUCUGAAGAGGUGCUACCAAAUUUUAAGCUUCAGCACACAAUGCCAAAUACUGUUUGGAAAUGAAUUCCAGUGAUAUAGAAUUGAUGUCCUUAGUGCAGACUAGAAUACUAAUAUAAUUUGGUGAAUAAUUUCGUCAAAUUCUUCUUCUUCUUCUUCUUCUUCUUCUUCUUCUUCUUCUUCUUCUUCUUCUUCUUCUUCUUCUUCUUCUUCUUCUUCUUCUUCUUCUUAUUGAUGUUGUUAAUUAUAUUCAUGGCAGCCUUGAAUGCCAGUAUUCGGAACCCUGGUUCUGAGGUUCAGUUCUCUAUUCACAGAUUCAACAAAGCUUCGAAAUGAACCAGCUAGAACUGAAAUAAGAUUUAAAACUUACUCGUAAUACGUUGAACUUAGGCUUUGUUUUGAGCUCGUUAUAAUUUGCGUAUAUCCCAGUGUACAUACACUGAUCAGUAUGUAUCUCUCAUUCUAUACACACUGUAUGUAUCUCACUGAAUAUACAUUGAAAAGUGUAUAUCUCUGUGAAUGUACACUGAAUAACAUGUUCCUCAUUAUAUAUACAUUAUAUAUACAUUGAAGUAUAUGUAUCUCUCGUAUAUACACUGAAAGCUGUGCAUCUCUCAGUGCAUAUCAUUUGAAAGGUAUGUAUCUCUGUAUACUGAAAGGCGCAUGUGUCUCAGUGUAUAUCCUGCAUAUCCACUGAAACUUGUGUAUAUCAGUGAAAAUCUACACACCUCAGUGUAUCAGUGUAAAUACACUGAAGUGUGUAUAUCAGUGUAAAUACACUGAGCUGUGCAUCUUGGUGUAUAUGCACAUGCAAGUGUACAUGUUUCAGUAAAUAUACUGAAAGGUUUCUGUGUAUAUAUACCGAAAGGCGUAAAUCCUUCAGUGUAUAUACAGUGUAAAUCCUUCAGUGUAUAUUGAGGCUGCAGUUCACUGCAGCCUCAAGUAACCCACGUGAAGGCGAUAGGCUUCAAACCUACCAAAUUAACUAUUCCGUCACCGAGUAUACAUAUAUAUACCGAGAGGUGUGUGUAUAUACCUGGAGGUUACCUGGAGGUUAUUCCGGGGAUCAACGCCCCCGCGGCCCGGUCCACGACCAGGCCUCCCGAUGGAUCAGGGCCUGAUCAACUAGGCUGUUACAAAGAGUCUAUAAUUCUAAUCUUUAUAUUAGAGAUGAGCACCUUGUUUGAUGUCGCUGUUUACGUCAUUUGAAACUUUAAAGUCUCUUGUAUAUUUUUAAUAGUUGCCGAAGUUGAACUGUCGUCUUUUUUUUUAAUAAUGUAAAAAUAAUUAUAACUUGUGAUGGUUGUGAUCAAAUUUAUAUAUAUUUUAGUUAAGAAAAGAAUAAGUGAAGUGAUCAGUAUUGUAUAAUAAAUGGUUUUGGUCCCGAUGUGGUACUGAGCAUCACAGACGUGGUGUUGAACACUACAGAUGAGAUACUAGCAUCAGAGAUGUGGUGUUGAACACUACAGAUGAGAUACUAGCAUCAGAGAUGUGGUGUUGAACACUACAGAUGAGAUACUAGCA